AUGGAAGCUCGACGUGACCGCCAAUCAAUUUGGGGAAUGCGAAUUAACGCAAGUCCCAACACCAAGCUGGGCUUGAGGGUUGAAAUGACGCUCGAACAGGCAUGCCCGCCAGAAUACUGGCUGAGGCGCAAUGAGUUUAGGGUCCUGCGGCGGGCCGUCCCGAAGGACGGGCUGAUCCGCCGAGCAACAUAUGCCUACCCUAGAGUACCUCCCAGCGUCCCAUUCCAGCCCACGCCUAUCCAGGCUCCUAUUUUCACCAAGUUAAACCUGCCUACCCUGUAUCCCCCCAAGCCCAGAGCCAGACUGGCAGAUUCCAAUCCAGCUCAGCUUCUCGGGGAAACUCUCGAGGCAACUCUUCAGAAACUUCUACAGAAAGAACAACCACGCCUUUCCACGCCUCUUAUCUAG